AUGACAGAUUUAGAUUCCAUGCAUGUGUAUUGUGGGGUUUUGAUUCAUUCAAUUCUCACUUUCUCUUCAAUCACAUUUUCACAAAAUGUUUUUGUUGUACAUGUUGUGUUGCUUUUUGACUGUGGUCUGAUAUCUCUUUCAUGCAAAUCAAUAGGGAAGAAACUUGCAAGUGACAAUGCUAGAAACCAAGUAGUUGCUCCGGGAUCUUUAAGCAAGGAAUUGAAAGUUUAUCCCCAUCUAAAGAAAUACACCUUUCAGAACCUAAAGUUGGCAACAUGGGAUUUUCGAUUUCGCCUCGGUGAAGGGAUCCUGGCUUCUGUUUACAAAGGUUGGGUCAGUCGCACUGGGACCUCCCCCUCAAGACCUACCGCUGGCCUCCCAGUUGCAGUCAAGAUUCUUAACAAAAAUGGAUCACAAGGCCAUCAUGAAUUUGUUACCGAAGUAAUUAACCGUCUUGGUGGUGGUUUAGAUCAUCCACAUUUUGUUAAGUUGAUUGGUUAUUGCACUGAAGGGGUACUGGUUUAUGAGUUUAUAUCUAAAGGAAGCUUAGAUAAUCAUCUCUUUAAGAGACUAGAAUUUCCCCUUCAGUGGUCAGUUAGAAUGAAAAUCAUGCUUGGUGCUGCUAAGGGCCUUGCAUAUCUCCAUGAUGAAGCUGAGAAACCUUUGAUAUAUAGAGAGUUCAAAACUUCCAACAUACUAUUAGAUAGGGACUACAAUGCGAAACUUUCUGAUUCAGCGCUUGCACGAGAUGGUCCUGUGGGAGACUCUACUGAUGUCUCAACUCGGGUAUUGGGAACACAAGGGUAUGCGGCCCCAGAGUAUAUCAUGACAGGCCACCCUACUGCCAAGAGUGAUGUGUAUAGCUUCGGGGUGGUUCUGCUUGAGAUGUUGACAGGAAGAAGAUCCAUUGACAAAAGAAGGCGUCGAGAUGAGGUUAACUUGGUAGAAUGGGCGCGGCCUAAACUCAGGUUGGGGGGAGCAGGGUUCCAUCAAAUGAUGGACCCUCAACUUAAAGGUAUGUACUCAGGAAGAGGUGCUCGAAGGGCAAUGGAGUUGGCUUAUCGUUGCAUUAGCCGUGAAGCGAAAGACAGGCCUUUGAUGAGUGAAGUGGUGGGAGUGCUUAUCUCUUUGCCUCGUUACAAUGAGAACAUAGCUUCUUCCUCUCCACCAUCCCUACCCUCACCUUUAUUUGAGGGAUUGAUUGUUGCCUCCUCCAACCAUGAUGGCUUCAUAGUUGGCACAUCAGGAAAGGGACCGAGUCGCUUUCGAGCCCCCCCCCCCGUGCAAUCUUCCUCUUCGUUCACCUAA